AUGAGUGUUUUCCUUCUUCCGGGAUCCCUCAUUAAUGAGAUAGAGAAACUGUUAAACUCCUUCUGGUGGGGUCAUAAUUCAACGAAUUCUCGAGGAUUGGACUGGCUAUAUUGGGAACGCCUUUCAGUUCCUAAGGUGUUUGGAGGUAUGAGUUUUAAGGGCCUUAAGGCUUUCAAUAUGGCUAUGGUUGGCAAGCAGGCUUGGAAGUUGGUUUCUUCUCCAGAGUCUUUAAUCACUCGUUUAUUCAAAGCUAAAUAUUUUCCUCAAAGUGACUAUUUUGGAGCUAGCAUAGGCCAUAAUCCUAGUUAUGUUUGGCGUAGCAUAUGGACUGCCAAAGACGUGAUUCGACGUGGUUUUCAGUGGAGUAUAGGCACAGGAGAACACAUUCCAGUUUGGGAUCACCCAUGGCUCAGUAAUGCAACACGAAUUUUACCGUAUACUCAUCAUCAUUUGGAGUGUCCAUCUAUUACUGUUUCUGAUUUGUUGGUUACACACCAAAAAUAA